AUGCAAGAUAUCCACUUCUCAAGUUCAGAUGCUUUAGUUGAAUUGAACAAAUCAACAACCAGUUUGGUUGUAAAAUUGGGAGGUGCAGUUACAGAUUUGAUUUCUGCCUUGGAGAUAAGUGAACCAUGCAAGAGACGCACUGGGGGAGGGACCUCUGUCUCAAUGAAACUUCAAUCAAUAGGUGAACUAGGAAACCAUGUCUUCAACCAAAAUCUGCAUAUUAUUCAUCUUGGGAAACUGGGUAAAGUUGAAGAGGCCAUCAGAGUCUUCUCAAAUAUGAUCAACAAAAACCUUGUAACAUACAAUUCCAUGAUUUCUGUGUUUGCUAAAAAUGGUAGAAUUAGUGAUGCUCGACAACUGUUUGAUAAAAUGUCCCCAAGAAACCUUGUUUCUUGGAACACCAUGAUUGCUGGGUAUGUUCGCAACAAUAUGGUUGAAGAAGCCAAUGAGUUGUUUGGGGUAAUGCCUGAGAGAGACAAUUUUUCAUGGGCUUUGAUGAUAACUUGCUAUGGGCGUAAAGGGAAGCUUGAAAAGGCUAGACAACUGUUCGACUUGAUUCCUGGUGAGGCGGACAUUGCAUGUUGGAAUGCAAUGAUAGCUGGUUAUGCAAAGAAGGGUCAGUUCAGUGAUGCUGAGAAAGUGUUUGAGCAGAUGCCAGUAAAGGAUUUGGUUUCUUAUAACUCAAUGUUAUCUGGGUAUACACAAAAUGGGAAAAUGUGUGUUGCAUUGCACUUUUUUGAGAGGAUGCCCAAGAGGAAUGUGGUUUCGUGGAAUUUGAUGGUGGCUGGGUUUGUUAACAGUGGGGACCUGAGUUCUGCUUGGCAAUUGUUUAAAAAGAUUCCAAAUCCUAAUGCUGUAUCUUGGGUUACGAUGUUGUGUGGGUUUGGAAGACAUGGUAAGAUUACAUCGGCCAGGAGAAUCUUUGACAGGAUGCCUUGUAAGAAUGUGGUUUCUUGGAAUGCAAUGAUUGCAGCCUAUGUCCAAGACUUACAAAUUGAUGAAGCUGUUAAGCUGUUUAUGAAAAUGCCAAAUAAAGAUUGUGUCUCAUGGACUACAAUGAUUAAUGGGUACAUUCGAGUUGGUAAGCUUGAUGAGGCACGGGAAGUUUACAGUCAAAUGCCUUGCAAAGAUGUAGCAGCACAAACAGCAUUGAUGUCAGGAUUAAUACAGAAUGGAAGGAUAGAUGAGGCUAGUCAAAUAUUUAGUCAAAUUGGUGCGCGUGAUGCUAUUUGUUGGAACAGCAUGAUUGCAGGCUAUUCCCAGAGUGGAAGAAUGGACGAAGCUCUCAACCUAUUUAAACAAAUGCCCAUUAAGAACACUGUUUCAUGGAAUACCAUGAUUUCUGGAUAUGCUCAGGCAGGACAGAUGGAUAGAGCAGAAAAGAUCUUCCAGGCCAUGGGGGAGAGGAAUAUAGUUUCCUGGAAUUCUCUUAUUACAGGUUUCCUACAAAAUAGUUUAUACUUGGAUGCUCUUAAGAGUUUGGUUUUGAUGGGGCAGGAAGGAAAGAAACCCGAUCAAUCAACUUUUGCAUGUGGCUUAAGUGCAUGUGCUAAUCUUGCUGCUUUGCAAGCAGGCAAGCAACUUCAUGAAUACCUUCUGAAGAGUGGCUAUAUAAAUGAUUUAUUUGUUAGCAAUGCCCUGAUUUCCAUGUAUGCAAAAUGUGGAAGGGUACAAAAUGCUGAACAAGUGUUCAGAGGUAUUGAGUGUGUUGAUAUUAUUUCUUGGAAUUCCUUGAUUUCAGGUUAUGCUUUGAAUGGAUAUGCAAAUAAGGCAUUUAAGGCCUUUGAACAGAUGUUAUCGGAGGGGGUAGUCCCUGAUGAGGUUACCUUUAUUGGGAUGUUGUCAGCAUGCAGUCAUGCUGGUUUAGCCAAUCAGGGUUUGGAUUUGUUCAAAUGCAUGAUUGAGGAUUUUGCUAUUGAACCCUUGGCUGAACACUAUAGCUGCCUAGUUGACUUGCUUGGCCGCAUGGGUAGGUUGGAGGAAGCCUUCAAUAUAGUGAGGGGGAUGAAAGUGAAAGCAAAUGCUGGAUUAUGGGGUUCACUGCUUAGGGCUUGUUGUGUACACAAGAACCUGGAACUUGGUGGAUUUGCUGCUAAGAGGCUUUUAGAACUCGAACCGCAUAAUGCCUCCAAUUAUAUUACCUUGUCAAACAUGCAUGCUGAGGCUGGAAGGUGGGAGGAGGUUGAAAGAGUAAGGGUGCUAAUGAGAGAGAAAACAGCUGAAAAGCUACCUGGCUACAGCUGGAUUGAAGGACAAAAUCAGAUACAAUGUUUUCUCUCGGAUGAUUCAGCAAAGCUGAGACCUGAAAAUAUUCAGAUUAUAUUGAAUAAUUUAUCUGCACACAUGAGGGACAAAUGUAACAUAUCUAACAUGAAAUCAGUUUUUGACAUGUUAUGA